AUGCACGCUCUCUCGUCGCUCGCUGUCCUCGGCGCCUGGGCCGUCCAGACGGUCUUGGGCCGUCCGGCCACCCUCUCAAAGCGGGCCACCGACUCCUUCAUCGAGACCGAGACGCCUAUCGCAUGGGAAAAGCUGCGGUGCAACAUCGGCGCUAACGGCUGUGCGGCUUCCGGAGCCGCUGCCGGUGUGGUCAUUGCCAGCCCGUCCAAGUCGGAUCCAGACUACUUCUACACCUGGACUCGAGAUGCCGGCCUGGUCCUGACGGGUAUCGUGGACGCCCUGUCCCAAAACUACUCGGCGGCCCUGCAGACCAACAUUCAGGACUACAUCAUCGCCCAGGCCAAGCUCCAGGGUGUUUCGAACCCCUCCGGUAGCCUCUCGGACGGCACCGGUCUUGGCGAGCCCAAGUUCAAUGUCGAUCUCACCCAGUUCACGGGCGACUGGGGCCGGCCGCAGCGCGACGGUCCGCCUCUCCGGGCCAUCGCCCUCAUCCGCUACGCCAAGUGGCUGGCUUCCAACGGUUACAAGGACACGGCCAACAGCGUCGUCUGGCCCGUCAUCAAGAACGACCUGGCCUAUGCCGCUCAGUAUUGGAACGAGACUGGUUUCGACCUGUGGGAGGAGGUUCCCGGCAGCUCGUUCUUCACCAUUGCCAGCACGCACCGAGCCUUGGUAGAGGGAGCUGCCCUCGCUGCCCAGCUCGGCACCGAAUGCAGCGCCUGCAUCACCGUCGCGCCCCAAGUCCUCUGCUUCCAGCAGAGCUUCUGGAACCCGUCGGGCGGUUACGUUGUCUCGAACAUCAACGGCGGCAACAACCGGUCCGGCAAGGAUCUCAACUCGGUCCUGGCCUCCAUCCACACCUUUGACCCGGCGGUCGGCUGCGACUCGGUCACCUUCCAGCCCUGCAGCGACAAGGCGCUCUCCAACCACAAGGCCUACGUCGACUCCUUCCGCAGCGUCUACGCCAUCAACUCGGGCAUUGCCCAGGGCAAGGCCGUCGCCGUGGGCCGCUACUCGGAGGACGUCUACUACAACGGCAACCCGUGGUACCUGGCCAACUUCGCGGCCGCCGAGCAGCUCUACGACGCCGUCUUCGUCUGGAAGAAGCAGCAGUCCAUCGAGGUCACCCAGCUGUCCCUCCCCUUCUUCAAGGACCUGCUCCCCGGCAUCUCCACCGGCACCUACACCCCGUCGUCGUCGACGUACCAGCAGAUCCUCGACGCCGUCUCGGCCUACGCCGACGGCUUCAUCGACGUCGCGGCCAAGUACACCCCCUCGGACGGCUCCCUGGCCGAGCAGUACACGCGCGACUCGGGCCAGCCGAUCUCGGCCAAGGACCUGACCUGGUCCUACGCCGCCUUCCUCUCGGCCGCCGACCGCCGCGCGGGCAUCGUCCCGGCCGGCUGGUCCGCCGAGCACGGCAAGACGCUGCCCGGCUCGUGCUCGGCCGUCCAGGUCGCCGGCACCUACACCCAGGCCACCGCCACCUCCUUCCCGCCCGGCCAGACGCCCAACCCGACCAGCGACACCCCGGCCCCGUUCCCCACGGCCUGCGCCGACUCCACCCAGGUCUUCGUCACCUUCCGCGCCGAGGUGACCACCCAGUGGGGCCAGUCGGUCAAGGUCGUCGGCAGCUCGUCCGAGCUCGGCAACUGGGACGUCUCCAAGGCCCCGCGCCUGUCCGCGUCGGCCUACACGGCGUCGGACCCGCUCUGGGCCAUCACGGUGCCCAUGAAGGCCGGCCAGUCGGUGCAGUACAAGUUCGUCAAGGUCAACGGGGACGGGUCGAUCCAGUGGGAGUCGGACCCGAACCGCCAGUUCACGGUCAGCUCUUCCUCCACGGCCAGCGGCUGUGCCUGGCAGACCAUCGAGGCGACCUGGCGGUAGAUAUGGGAGUACUGGAGCAAAAGCCUCAUUCGGAGCCUUCGGUGGCUCUUGGGUGGGGGGGGGGGGUGGAAAAGAGGGGAGGUAAUAGGAUGAUCAUGAGCGUUUGGGAAAAAAAAGAAAAAAAAAAGGCAGGCCGAUGCAGUUUAUUUGUUAGUAAUUUUGUCAUCGGAGUGUCGAAACUUGAGCGCUUCAUUUCUUUUUUCCUGUCGAUAAUUAUGUUUUUUAGAUGC